GUUUAAUGUUUUUGAGCUCGAGCUCGAGUUCGAGUUCAACUUAAUUAGUUCGAGCUCGACUCGAGUUCGAUAUUGACCGACCUCGGCUCGAUUCGUGAACACCCCUAGUUGUAGGUUUAGCCGACAAGUUGGACUUUGCAAGAGACAGGCUAAUGGAAAGCAUUUACGCUGAUCACUGUCCUCGAUGACAUCUAUGAUGUUUAUGGUUCCAUUGAUGAACUCGAGCAAUUUACAGAUGCCAUUGUGAGGUACGUAACUAAUUACUCGAUUUUGUUAUGAUGGUUUUUUAUUUUAUUUUUAUUUUUUUCCAUUUUAUGAUUAUCAAACUAUAUAUUUUUCUUCAGAUGGGACCUUGAUGCUGUGAAAGAUCUUCCUGAAUAUAUGAAACUAUGCUUCCUUGCUCUUUACAACACUAUAAACGACUUGGCUUAUGACACUCUUAAGGAAAAAGGAGAGCUCAUAAUUUCUCAACUGAAAAAAGCAUGGGCAGAUUUAUGCAAAGCAUUCUUACAAGAACCUCGAUGGUUUUACAAGAAAGUCAGACCAACCUUUGAUGAGUACAUCGAAAAUGGAUGGAUUUCAUCAUCUGGAGCUGUGCAACUAAUUCAUGCUUACUUUUUGGUCACAGAGAAUAUCUCAAAGGAGGCCAUAGUGUGCUUGGACUAUCAUCUUGGUUUCUUGCGUUGGCCCUGCAUAAUUUUUCGUCUUACCAACGAUUUGAGUUCCUCGACGGCUGAGAUAGAGAGGGGUGAAACUACAAACGCAAUUACAUGUUUCAUGCAUGAAACUGGCCUGUCCGAGGAGUUUGCUAGACAACAUAUAAGCAAGAUGAUUGAGGAAUGCUGGAUGAAGAUGAACAAACAAUUGUUGUCUCCAUCACCCUAUGACAAAAAUUUCAUUCAAGUUGCUAUGGAUCUUGCUCGAACUGCUCUUUGUCAAUAUGAGCAUGGAGAUGCUCAUAGUGCUCCAGAUGCUAGAGCCAAAAACCGCAUCAGGUCUGUUUUGCUUGAUCCUAUCCGGCUGAGGGAGAUGGAAGAUAAUGCCACUAUGUACGGGAACAACACUGGGGCCAUUUUCUGAUUUGUUCUUAGGUGUCUCAGAACAUCUGAGACCAACCGACUAUAAAGCAUUUGUUCUUAGGCCACACAUUUCUCAU